GUAGGGAGUCUUUCAGUAGGGGUGAGAAUUCAGUCGCGAUCGGUUCGCGGUACAUCCUAAGCAUUCAUAAAUAGGGGGUUUUGUUGGGCCAACGGAAACACUGAAAAUGGGGUGUUGGGAUACAUAAGAAAGUGUUUGCUAGUGUACCUGUAACUAAUUAGAAGAAGAAACAGUGAGUGGGUUAAUGAAAUAAUCAAGUGAGAAAGGACACCGAUAAACACCGAAGAACUGUUCCGUGAAAUGCACUAGCACUAAUCGAUUAGCCGAACUCUGUGUAUCGUACUACUCGAAGAAAUACGACGAACUUAUCGAAAAUUUUGAUUCACAGCUUAUCACAAAUGUCAGACAUCGGCAGCAGGGAGCUAUAAAUCAAACAAGUUUCACGUUCCAAAGCACCAGUCCAAAAUCAGUUUCCGAAGAUUAGGAAAGCAUCCAACGGCGGCAGAAGAAGUUGAAGAAUACAGUGUUAUCUAAGCAGGGAUUUGUGAGCCCUCGACAAUCCAAACCUUUGUUGACUUGUUUUUGUGUCACCCUUUGAACCCUUUUGGAGCGGAUCUGUCUACUCGUCAGUACAUCUUGGUCCCGAAAGUUCCAUUUUGGAAUGGAAGUAGUUGCUGGCGUAAGGAUCGCAUUCCCGUAUCUACUGAAGGUGAACGAAGCACUGCUUGGAACCUCGGAAUACGAACGCGAUUUCAAUUAUCUGAACGGCCGACUAUUGGUGGCAGCCGACACGCUGGAGCAAGUUGUUAGCCCAGAAGUAGAAAACGCGUAAACGCGCCUCAGAUGAGAAACGUCGAAGAAGUAGCAGCCCAAGUGCCCUAGAGGAAUCCAGCUAGUGGAAGCAUUCACUUUCAUUAGCUGAUCGAUCUCUCCUUCCAAAAGCCAAACCAAGCCAUCGUAUUGAGUCAAAUAUCACCAACGCCAAAUUACACCAGUUCGCGCCAAUCUCUUCGAUCAAGUCCAGAGGACAUCAAUUGCAUCGCAAUUCGUGAAAAAGUAAGACCAAAGCGGUCCAGAUCUCUAUAGCUAGUGCCAGCAUAGUAGAAAUAGUAGCAACUAACGGGGACGGCAAACAGGUUAGCAAUGAAUCAGAAGCUGAAGCCAGUGGACGACCAGGAACAGCCACCGCCAUUGGUGGUUGAUCCGACGGAUCUUCUCUACAGUAUAGAUCUCAAUGGUGCCCAAGAUGAGAGCAUCGUACAUCGAAACGGUAGCAUCAGUAACAAUAGCAACAUCAACUCUAAUAUUAGCGUCAACAACAACAAUAAUAAUAACAACAACAAUUCAAUCGGUGCUAACAGUUUUAAGUCUGACGACCUAAGGAUUGAUGUCCGAGGAGUACCAGAGUACUAUCGAACCGAUGAUGAUAGUUAUAGACCGUUUACCAUCUACGGAAACCACCACGGUGAGUUUGGUGAUGGAAACGACAAACUGUCCGUUCUACCAGCUUCAACGACCGGCUCAUUAAGCUCAAUCAUAACGACGUCCGUGGCAUCCUCCGAACCGGAUCGUGGUGAUCUUCGUGACGGUGGCGUUGGCGGCGGUGGUGAUGACGACGAACACAAUGUAGUAGCGACGGCGGCGGGCGGCGGCAAAUGCGCCGGCGGUGGCGGUGGCGGUCCCGGCGGACACGGACGCGAAAUCAAGCAGGAGAAAUGGUGGGAAACGACGCUGCAGAUCUCGAUUCCGUUCUUCAUCGCCGGCAUCGGGACGAUCGGGGCCGGUAUCAUCCUGGGACGAGUGGAGGCGCGCUGUGCGCUCGAUAGCGAGAUAGCUCUGAUUAACUUCAUCACCUCGCGCUGGAAAGUGUUCCACCACGUGACGGAGCUGUUCAUCCUGGUUCCGGCCCUGCUCGGCCUCAAGGGCAACCUGGACAUGUGCCUGGCGUCGCGGCUUUCGACGCAAUCGAACCUCGGCAACAUGUCCAGCACCCGGGAAAUCAUCCACAUGAUCGUGGGCAAUAUCGCGCUAGUGCAGGUGCAGGCUACGGUGGCAGCCUUCAUCGUGUCCCUGUUUGCAAUGGGCGUCGGAGCGGCCAUGAACGGGCGGUUCCUGUUCGACCACGCCAUGCUGUUGACCGCAUCGAGCAUGUUCACCGCAACGUCGUCAUGUUUUGUACUAGACUUUGUAUUAGUGGCUGUGAUUUUACUGUCUAAUAAGUUCAAAAUGAAUCCGGAUAACCUGGCAACACCGUUAGCCGCGUCGAUCGGUGAUGUGGUUUCCAUUAGUUUACUUUCCUUCAUAGCGUCGCUGCUAUUUGAACAUCUAGACACGCAUCUCUGGAUAACAUUCGUCGUGGUUGCCUGUUAUUUUAUUCUGUUACCAUUUUGGGUAUUUUUAGUAUUUAGAAACAAGUACACGCGGCCUGUAUUGACAACUGGAUGGGUGCCCGUUCUGUCGGCCCUCUUCAUUAGUGGAUUGGGUGGCCUAGUGUUGGAUAAGGCCGUCGAAGUUUUCAAAGGUUUCGUCGUGUUCCAGCCCAUCAUCAAUGGCAUCGGUGGCAACCUGGUAUCCGUUCAGGCGAGUAAAAUCUCCACCAUGCUCCACCAGAGUUCGAUCAUUGGCAUCAUUCCGCCGCACGCUAAGAUCUUUGAAAUGCCAUGGAAGGCACUGUUCAAGGGAGUUCCUUACGCCAAAACUGCUAGAAUUCUGAUCCUCAUGUCAAUUCCCGGACAAGUGCUGUUCAUCUUCGUUGCUGACUACAUCCACAUGUCCGAAUCAACCAUUGGUGCUCCGUUUGUGUUAUCAUACAUGCUCGUCAGCUUGAUACAGGUUAUGUUGCUCCUGUACAUUGCUCACAUCAUUAUCCAUGCCAUGUGGAAGUGGAAGAUCGACCCGGACAAUUCGGCCAUCCCGUACCUGACGGCGUUGGGCGACCUGCUGGGAUCGAGUCUUCUGGCACUGGCGUUCCUGUUCCUACAGUCCAUCGGACAUGCUUAUGGGGAAACCAUAGAGGAAUUUGGCUCCGCCAUCGCCACAACCAUGUCCUUCAGUCCGGUGGAUAUCGAUUUGAGCAAGAAUUUCGCCCCAAAAUUGGCCUAGAUGAUUGUUCUUCCGUUGCAUCGCCGGUUUCUUUUUGCCACUACCUACACUUCUUUCGUUCUGCGUGUGAUUCGAUUGCUGUCUGAUUUCUAUUCUGCACAUAUUAAGCACAAGUGAACAUAGUUAUUUAGAAUAGCGAUAUUUUUGUUUCUUUAUGUUGUACACCGAAAAGGCAGGUAAUAAAUUCGAAAAUGUUUAAGUUAUCCAAGAGAUUCAGUCGAUAGAAUAUGGAGAGAAUAUGUACCAAACGUAGUUCAUUGUCAAAGAUAAAUUUUAAACAAUUACCUUCAAAUUCAAAACUAUGUGAGAAUAAUAGCACUAUGUUUGAACUAUCCAAGUGGAAUGAUAUGUUAUAAACUCAAAAUUUAAUUUAACAGAUAUCAAGCUCACACUAGCUGAGGUCAGUUUAUUUACUGAUAAAAAAAUGAAUAAUUUAAAACGAAUCAAUCAAUCAGAAAAAUUGUAUAUAAAAAUCCUUUUUAUCCAUUAUUUUAUUAUCCUUGAGAUCUCUCAUUUUUUAACGUUGCCUAAAAAAACUGUUCGAAAUUACAGCAUUCGCUAUAAUUAAUUUACUUGGCUUCACUGCUUAUUUAUUGCAAUGUUUUCUUCUUGAUUAUUAAUUUAAACAAAACAGAAAAAUAUAGCGAUCAUAAAAGAAGAAUGACAUAUUUUAACAGUAAUACGGAUCUCCUAAGAAACAGAAGAAAAAUCAAAUUAAAAUUGACAGCUUACUCUCAUUUAAAAAAGAGACAGAUUUGUAGUGCCUCUAAAUGCUUUCAACUCAUCAGUUCAAAGAAAGUAUAACAAAACUCGAUUCGAAGACAUAAAUCACACAUCAUUGCCUUCCUCCUCAUAAAAAAAAUCCCGGCAGCAUCCUAAACACAUCCGAAAAAUAUAGUAGAUUAUGUUCUCCAUCAAACCUAGCAUCAUACCUUGGAAAGUCAAAACAUAUAUUUAUAUACGAGACAAUAAGCGAUUGGAAGAUUCACUACGUUGACAGUCCUGGAAUAUCCUUAAGAAAAACAGUCAUUGAACGGAAUCGAUGAAAAAACCAUAACUAACAGAAAAAAGAAUGUGAUACUAAUUAAAACAAAGCGAGACUGUGAGGCAAGAAAUGGAGAUUGUUGGAAGCGAAGUGUAGAUCUUAAAAAAUAUUAGCAAACUACCAAAAUGAAUAAAUGAAUGAAGCAACCCGGUAGAUAUCAGGUAUGAGCAGAAGCGAAAAAAUAAACACGAAUUGAUUGAUGUUCACAUUCAGGGCAGAAUGAUUAUAAAAAGCGCAAGAAUAUUUUUGUCUUAGAUGAAACAACCUAUUGUAACAAUCUGAAAAUCCAAUAUAAUCAAAACCAACCAAAAAAAUAAAUUCAAAAUAGCAAAUGGAAUGAAUAAGCAAGACAGAAGAAAAAAAAUAUCGCAAUAAAAUAAAUCGAUGUAACUUAUCAAAUAAAAACACACAACAACCAUUUCAAGUGGCAGAAAACAAUUACAAACUUGAAAAAAUGGAUCGCAUUUGAUAUAUUCAUCUAUUGAAUUGUAAAUUGAAAACAAAAUAAAGCAUAGAAAAGGUUAACAGCAAAUGAUCCCAUAAGCAACAUAAAAGUAUUAGAUGCGAUUCCUCUGAGCAUGGAAACAUAAAUUAAACAUCAGAGAGAAAUUUUAAAAUUCAAUUAUCUCACAACAACUGAUUUUGAAACAUGAACAGAAAUAGGUACUAGAACAAAAUAACACUUGAACAACCAACCGCAGCUAUACCACGAUAAAUAUUAAAACUAUGUAAACAUGGAACAAGCCAUGAGAAAUGUUGAAAGGAACAUGAGAAAAUAAACCUGUUGCAUUUGAUAACCUUAUCAAAAUGGA